AUGGGUUCCCGGCGGCAUUCUAUAUUUCAGCUGCUGGUCAUCGGCCUUGUCUUCCAUCUUGUAUACAUCGGCACCGUGUUUGACUGCUACUUCACGAGCCCGGUCGUUCAUGGCAUGCAAAGUUACAAUGUUGAACGCGCAGAGGCCAAACGUCUUGUCCUCAUUGUGGCCGACGGUCUGCGUGCGGACCUUGCGCUCGCAUUGAACGCGUUUCCCUCGGUACCAAAUUCACCCGAAGUGGUUGCGCCUUACUUGCGCUCAAUAAUACAGGAGAAGGGGGCAUUUGGGAUCUCGCACACUCAUGUACCCACGGAAAGCCGUCCGGGACAUGUCGCUCUCAUCGGCGGCAUGUACGAAGAUGUAUCUGCAGUCACCAAAGGAUGGAAGACCAAUCCGGUCGACUUUGACUCGGUAUUCAAUCGCUCCAGUCAUACCUAUUCAUUUGGCUCUCCGGACAUCUUGCCGAUGUUUUCUCGGGGCGCCACACCCGGAAAGGUAGAGACAUGGUGUUAUCAUGAAGACGAAGAAGACUUCACGAAAGAUGCUACCGCUCUGGAUGUCUGGGUACUCGAUCACUUGCGCACGCUCUUUCACAAUGCUACCCAGAACUCGGCAUUGAACACGCAACUUCGCAAUGAUCGGACUGUCUUUUUUCUUCAUCUGCUCGGUCUAGAUACUACGGGACAUUCCUACCGGCCGCAUUCCCGAGAAUACAUGGUUAAUAUCCAGGUCGUGGAUGAGAUUGUGCGGCAGGCAGAAGAGUUAUUCGCAGAGUUCUACAGAGAUCAGGAUACCGCUUUUGUCUUUACUGCGGAUCACGGUAUGUCGAAAAUCGGCAACCAUGGAGACGGUGAUCCGGACAGCACUCGCACUCCGCUCAUCGUAUGGGGUAAGGGCGUCCGAGGGCCGCUGCCUGACAGUACCCCUUCCUCUCAUGAUGCCUACUCUGCGCCUUGGGGGCUCUCUCAUCUCUUGCGUCGUGAUGUCGAACAGGCAGAUGUCGCGGCGCUUAUGGCUGCUCUCAUAGGCAUCGACUGGCCUGUAAAUUCUGUCGGCGUUCUACCUGAUGUGGAUGCAUCACGUCCUGGGUACAUGCACUCCAGGGACGGUGAAAAGACACAAGCAUACGCAUCACUCGUCAAUGCGAAGGUCAUCUUGGAACACUAUCGGGUCAAGCAUGAGGAGAAGAAGGCGCAUGCGUUGUUCUUUAAGCCUUAUCCAUACUUCGUGCACUCACAUGGCGCGGAGGGCCGUCCAGGGAUCGGUGCAGUCGCUGAGAUAGAGGAUCUAAUGCACGCCGAGAAGUACACUCAAGUGCGAACCCUCUCUUCAGAGCUCAUCAAGGCUACACUGGAGGGACUGCGCUAUCUCCAGACUUACGACCGCACGCUAAUCCGAGUCGUUGUCACUUUCGCGUACCUUGGCUGGAUUGCCUUUGGCGCUGUCUCCAUUUUUCCACCGGAAGAUCAGGAAGCGAAUACUGAUCGAGCGGAUUCACUGGUUUUGGACUUGACGGCUGCUCUCUUUCUGUUUGGCUCUUGGUUUUUGUUUGCCCUACAGCGUUCGCCAUGGUCGUUUUACCUGUACAUAUGUUUCCCAUGUUAUUUCUGGUAUCAGGUGCUUGGAGCUAGGACGCAGUUCCCGCGUGCUCUUUCGACAAGAAACGUGCUGAAGUCCUCAGUCAUCAACCCUAUUUUCAGCGGCGUUGUGGUUGUGGCGGCGUUGCAGGGUAUGGUGAUGGGGUAUACUCACCGUUCAGUGUGGAGUGCAGGGUUCGCAGCGAUAGGACUUAUCUGGCCUUUAGCUUUCUGGCGAAGAGACAUUCUUCGGGAAAACAUUUUGCUAUUCCUAUCGUGGUCAGCUGCUUGCUUGACCACUGCUGUGUUCCCUCUUCUUGGAGUGGAUAAACAUGAGAAUUUGGCUGCCAUAAUGUCAGGUGGUCUAUGCAUGCUGGCAGCGGGCAUUGUUGGGGGAAUAAUGAUACCCAUUCAGAAGAUAGAAGAUAGACGUGCUUUCAGAAGCACCGUAAUUUUCCAGUGCCUCUUAAUAAUUGCGAGUAUGAUUAUCACGACUAGCUCUGCCUCAAAUCUCCGUGCAAAGUCAGGGUUGCCUCCUCUCAAUCAGAUUUCUGGAUGGCUUAUAUUCCUGGUUGCAUCAGUCUUCCCCUUCACCCGACUGGCCCAAACCUAUCACAAUCCUGUCGCAAAAAUCCUGACGUUCUUCCUGGCUUUCUCUGUUUGUUUCGUGAUCUUGUCAAUCAGCGUAGAAGGACUGUUCUACUGCGCAUUCUCCGCGACUUUGCUUCUAUGGAUAGAAGUGGAAGCAGCUGUCCGACAGUCGCACACUGAUACCAUUCCCCAAGAUGCGGGUUCCUAUCGUCCGCGGGCGGAUGAUCUGCGAAUUGCUGUGUUCUUUUUGUUCUUUGUCCAGGUUGCUUUCUUUGGUACCGGCAAUGUUGCUUCCAUAUCGUCAUUCUACCUGGAACCUGUAUACCGUCUAGUUCCUGUAUUCAAUCCCUUCCUCAUGGCUGUUCUUUUGAUGUUCAAAAUCGUAGUACCUUACAUCAUACUAGCGACCUCAUUCCAUCUACUCAACACGCGACUUCACUUGCCUCCAUUCAGUCUGUUCCUUGUUGCAUUGACCCUCACGGAUGUGAUGACUAUGACUUUCUUUUUCAACGUCACGGACACCGGCUCGUGGUUGGAGAUCGGACAGUCGAUCAGCUUCUUCUGCAUUAGCUCGCUGCUCUUGGUUUGGGCCGCCGGUACAUGUGCUGUCGGGGAGCUGUUAAUGGCGGAUACUACUUUGCCAGUACCGAAGGAGAAGAAUAAAUGA